UAAGAAAGAAUCUCAUCACAAACCAACAACAAACAAACACACCACAAAGCAAAAGAAGCAUAUACAAAGGAAAGGUUAACUUCUCACGCAAGCAAGCAUGGCACUGAUGAAGAAGAGUCUCUUUGCUCUUCUCCUCUCAUCACCAAUUCUGAUCAUAUGUCUUAUCGCAUUGCUGGCUGGUCCGGUUUCAGUAGGAGCUCGCCGGUUAGUGGAGGAGGCUCCUAAACCGGAGAUGCCAAAACUGCCUGAACUUCCUCACCCGGAGCUACCCAAGUUUGAAGUUCCCAAGUUGCCUGAGCUCCCUAAACCAGAGAUGCCCAAGCUACCUGAGUUCCCAAAGCCUGAGUUACCAAAAAUGCCAGAGAUUCCCAAGCCUGAGUUGCCUAAGUUCCCGGAGAUUCUAAAACCCGAAUUGCCAAAGAUGCCAGAGGUUCCUAAGCCUGAGAUGCCUAAGUUGAUGGAGACUCCAAAGCCUGAGGCUCCUAAGUUGCCGGAGGUUCCAAAGCCUGAGCUACCAAAGGUGCCGGAGAUCCCAAAGCCCGAGCUGCCAAAGGUGCCAGAGAUUCCAAAGCCGGAGGUACCAAAGGUGCCAGAGAUUCCUAAGCCUGAGUUACCAAAGAUGCCAGAGAUUCAGAAGCCGGAGCUACCAAAGGUGCCGGAGAUUCCAAAACCUGAGCUGCCAAAGGUCCCGGAGAUUGCAAAGCCUGAGCUGCCUAAAGUGCCGGAGCUACCAAAGAUGCCGGAGGUUCCUAAGCCUGAGGCUCCUAAAUUGCCAGAGAUUCAGAAGCCGGAGCUACCAAAAAUGCCGGAGAUUCCUAAGCCUGAAUUGCCAAAGAUGCCGGAAAUUCAGAAGCCUGAGUUGCCAAAGAUGCCGGAGGUUCCUAAGUUGCCAGAGAUUCAGAAACCAGAACUGCCAACCGUUCCAGAGGUUCCAAAAGUUCCAGAGAUUCCAAAACCAGAGCUACCAAAGAUGCCUGAAGUUCCCAAGUUGCCUGAACUCCCAAAGGUUCCUGGAACUCACUAAGCCUAUUGGAACCAGGCCCUCCCUAUGAUCUUAAACUACUAUAUCACGCUGUAUCUUGUUUUUCUAUUUGCAGAGAUAUACACUUGUGUCUGUCUAUCUCAUCAUCGUUUUUCCUUAGUAGCCAUACUUUUUUUUCUUUUUUGAUACAUUUAUACUUGUAUUCUCUGUUAUAUUUGUAUGUUUCAUACAUGCAAAUUUCUUUGAUAUUUUUGUUUAAUGGAUUGUGUUGUUUAUUGAUGAUUUA